AUGCGUUGUAUUCUCUUCGUCCUAGGUGUUGCCGCUGACUUGGUGGUUGCAAGUUCCUGUAACCCGUACCAGUCAACUUCGGAAGCAGUGACAAUUACCUCUGCUUUGACGACAGAGGCAACGAGUUUCAUCCUGGCAGAUUUUAGCACCGCGUUGUCUGAAACCACAACGACCAUCGAGCUUACCACGACCACCACCGCAGCUGAAGACACUAUCACACCCACAGAGACGUCUGCCGCCACUACCUUGGAAGCUGCCACAACUUCGAAGGCCCCUGCUGGAGAACCAACAUAUGUUCUGAGUGCCUUCGGUGGUAGUCUCAACGGCGCCCAGCCUCAAGGCAACGGUGGAUCAGGAACCUUCAUCGCGUUCGACCCCACAGCGCUUUCUGGUUCUACCCCUCGCAAAUUCACCAUCGACUCCAUAGGACGACUCCAGGACGCUGAAACUCAGGCCUACGUCUGUGCAUACUACUAUCCGCCUUCCUUGGCUAUAGGCCCACCGUUCGUUGUCUACUGUUCGCCUGGCCCCGUUGGCGAACGCCAAGCAUAG